CACAGGACAGCCUCGUUUUUCAUAUCUGGGAUUGCUAGUUCCUUACUUGUUGGGGGACACCUGCUUCGUCUUCUUCUCCUUCUUCUUCGGGAUCAGUUUUUUUUUGUUUGGGCAUGGGGUACCAUCAGGAAUCUGGAUCGUCCACCCAAUCUCUGCCUCGGGAAGAUACUCCUCUAUUGGGUCCUCGAACACUGUCAUCGCAGCCAAAGACCUUCGCGAAUGUCUUCAUCGCCAUCGUCGGAGCCGGCGUGCUGGGGCUCCCCUACACCUUCAAGAAGACCGGAUGGCUUUUAGGGCUCCUCACGCUUUUCUUCGUUGCCUCCCUCACUUUCUUCUGUAUGAUGCUCCUCGUCCACACUCGCCGCAAACUCGAGUCCCAAUCCGGCUUCUCCAGCAUCACUUCCUUCGGAGAUCUUGGGGAAUCAGUCAGCGGACCCGCCGGCCGUCUCGUCGUCGAUGUUAUGCUUGUCCUCUCACAGUCAGGCUUCUGCGUCAGUUACCUCAUCUUCGUCGCCACCACAAUGGCUAAUCUCCUCAGCCGCGGCACAGAUCAUAUCCUAGGGCUCGAUCCUGCCUCCAUUUACAUUUGGGGAUGUUUCCCCUUUCAGCUUGGUCUCAACUCCAUCCCUACACUCACUCAUCUCGCUCCUUUGAGUAUAUUCGCCGACAUCGUCGACGUGGCGGCUACGUUGGUGGUUAUGGUGCAGGAUGUUUUCAUCUUCCUCAAAAAAAGACCUCCCUUGAGAGUCUUUGGAGGCUUCUCUGUUUUCUUCUACGGACUGGGAGUCGCUGUGUACGCUUUCGAAGGGAUCGGAAUGGUGCUGCCGCUUGAACUCGAGGCCAAAUACAAAGACAAGUUCGGUAGAGCCCUGGGGCUAGCCAUGGGCUUAAUCUCCAUCAUGUACGGAGCAUUCGGGCUCUUAGGGUACAUGGCUUACGGUGACGAGACUAGAGACAUCAUCACCACAAACCUUGGGACAGGAGUGGUGAGCACUCUGGUGCAGCUCGGCUUAGCAAUCAACCUCUUUUUCACAUUUCCCCUCAUGAUGCAUCCUGUCUAUGAGGUCAUAGAGCGCCGUCUCUGCAACUCCUCUUACUCCGUCUGGGUGCGCUGGGCCACUGUGCUGGUGGUCACCCUCGUGGCCCUCCUCGUCCCUAAUUUCGCAGACUUCUUGUCUCUGGUCGGGAGCAGCGUCUGCGUGGUGCUGGGUUUCGUAUUGCCUUCGCUUUUUCAUUUGCAGGCUUUCAAAAACGAAUUGAGCAUUGCAAGAGUGGUCGUUGACGUUCUUGUUUUCCUCAUCGGUCUUACUAUAGCAGUGACCGGGACUUGGACGGCCGUACACGAGAUCCUUACAUCCAAGGCUUGAUGAAUGAUGAUGAUUCUUCUUCCAUAUUGUUUGCCUCCGGCCAACAUUAUUAUUGUUAUUCUGUUACACACUCCCAAACCACUUGUUUGAUUGUUUCGGUUGAGUCUUAUUACACUACUCUAUAUGUAAACUCUAUUUGUAAGAAAAUCCAAUAAGAAUAAAGUAAAGCUUCGAAUCA